CUUUCGCUUUCGUUUUGAAGCAACGAUUAUACUGUGACUGCAAUACUGAAAACAGGCAGUCGCUGCUAAAGAUUUUCUGUUAUUGUGCAAGUACCCGAAGUUCCCGAAGAGACAAGGGGCGUCCUUAGAGGUUGCGGCGUCACAAUGGCCGAGUCUUCGGAUGACAGUCGGACCAACAGGAGGACCAACACUCCUGCUCCAACAUCGCCACCUGGUGGCUACCAGCAGCAACCCAUGCAUGGAAGUCAUGCUCAGAUUCCUCCAAUGUAUGCUCAGGGAAUACCGGCACCCCCAAGCCAACACACAGGUGAUCCCCAGGCUCAGUCGCAAUUCUACCAAAGGUACGGUGGAUAUCCGCCAACCCCAGGAUCAAAUUCCAGAGGUGGAAACUACCCCCAACAUCCUUCAAACAUGCCUACAUAUCAACACGGCCAUGGAUACUUUCCUCAACAGUUUCAAUAUGGAGCUCAGGGUUCCUUUCCUGGUCGUUCGGAAGCUUAUGGGCAGGGAAGCCCGAUGGCACAGGGUCAGCACACUCAGACUGGUUAUUACAAUACACCAUCCCCGCAGCACCCGCAUAUGGGGUCCCAACAAGGACAAGCACGGGGACCGUAUGCAAAAAGAUCCUCAAGUGGGUACGCUUCAGAUCAACACGGUGGAGACAGCCCAAGGCGUGAGACAUCGGAUCCUGGAGGAGGUCCUAGAGAAGAUCCUGGAGAUACAAAAGAUCCUCCCAAGACUGUUUUGGUCGAGGGAAUUCACAAGAGUAUGUCAAAGGAGACCCUGGAAUUGUAUUUUGAGAGCAAGAAACGGUCAGGUGGGGGUGACGUGGAAGAUAUUGAACUUAACCUGGCUGAAGGCACAGCACUUCUAACAUUCCAAGACUGUGAAGCCGCAGCACGGGUGGCCAGUAGGGAGACACAUGAUCACAGUGGACACACACUGAAGGCGUGUCUCUACGACAUAUCCAGAAUAUAUACCAUCGUGGUGACGGGGUUUGGUUCCUCUGUCAUUGAGGAUACGCUGGAGUUGUACUUUGAGAGUACCAAGCGAUCAGGAGGAGGGGAGAUAGAAAGGAUGACGUUAAAGAAGGGCAUUGCACACAUCACCUUCAAGGAAGAUGGAGUUGCCCAGAGAGUCGUAGCAAGAUCACACAGCGUUGCCGGUAGUGACGUCACAGUAAUGCUUGACAAGCCGCGUCAGAGGAAGACAGUCAAGCCAAGAACCAUUGCUGUCACUGGUUUUUCCAAGCUAGAUAUGGACACCAUCGAGAUGUACUUUGAAUCUAAGAAGAAGUCUGGCGGUGGUGAAAUAGAGCAAAGGGAAGUCAACAAAGAAAAGGGCAUCAUGUACAUCACCUUCAAAACCGAGAAAGUUUUUGAGCGGGUACUUAAGCGUCCCUCCCAUGGCAUCCAAGGUGGGCAGUUGAAAGUUGUCAAAGCCGGGGAAGAGGAGCUUGGAGAUUCGACACCCACACAAAGCUCGGACGAAGAAGACACAGAGCCUUCAGCUACUGUUGAGAUCCGUGGAUAUUGUAAGAGUUCUUCAGACGACGCAAUCACUCUGUAUUUUGAAAAUAGUCGUAAAUCUGGUGGAGGACCCGUUGAAACGUUCACUCGUGAUGAUAAAAAGGGCGUCAUCGUGAUGACAUUUGAAGAUCAUCAAGUGGCUGAGAAGGUUGCCGCUCGUCAGCACAAGCUUGGGGACCGGGAGCUGCAGGUGAAGAUGUCAGUUCCUGCAGUGAUGUAUCGGGACAAGGUCCUCCUCUCUGGAGUCCCUGACGGGGCGUCUGAAGACAACAUAAGAGACUUUCUGGAGGCCAGGACUCAGCAUACUGUAGAUAAAUUCCUUUAUGGGGAAGAAGAAGGAGAUAUUCUAGUGUUCUUUACAGAACAGUUCAAAGAUUUCACAAAGUUGAGUGAAUUGGUCAUGAAGAGAGAGUUUAUGAAGGCAAGUCUGAAGAUCAGAGAAAUUCCACAGACUACCAGCAUCACAAUUAGAAACAUUCCAGAGAAUACAACCGAGGAUGCCGUCUCCAUGUACUUUGAAAAUAGCAAAAGAAGUGGAGGUGGGGAGGUGGAGGAGGUGGUUUUGAAUCUAUCAGAAGAGUUGGCUGUUGUCAGAUUCAAGAAAAGUUCAGAUGCUGAAUCUGUGUCAGAACGUCCUCAUACUUUGAGUCAAACCCCUGUGGAGGUGAGUCUGCAUUUUGAAUGUCUAGGGGAGGCAGGUGGCACCACUGAACCACCUUGUACAAAAAUUCCAGAUCCGGAACAUCUGCUGGAUGUCGGUGACUAUAAGAUUAAAUAUCUCGUGGCAACUGGCACAAAAAUGGAUGAAAUCAAAGUUGAGCUGUCCAAAUUGCACAGUGACGUUAAAAUAGAUGCUGGAAAGAAGGAAAUCACACUCAGUCCAACCUACACUGCUGAAGAAACUAGAACCAUCAGUAGAACAUGGUCAAGAGACGUUCUAAAGGCAAUGGAGGAACAGCUGGACACACUUGUGGUGGAGAUGAUUGAUGUCAAUAAUGAAAUCUGGCCCGUUGUGGAGUCUAAAGUAAAUGAAUUUGACAAAGGAGUAGAUGCGAAAGUUUUUACAGAUGAGUCUGAAUGGCGACUUGUUGCAGUUGGGGCACAGGAACAGGUAACUGAUACCAUCAGAAAGAUGAACGCAGUAAUUGAUACUGCCAAGACUGAAAAUGAAAGGCGUAAAAACCAAGUGACCCAGAGAAAAAAAGUAGAUGGACCAAAGCUUCGUAUUUUGAAAGCAAAAGGAUUUCUGAACAGGUUUACCCAAGGAUAUGUAACAGUAUCCAUUGAAAUACAAACAGGAGAGCUGGUAUUUGUCGGGCCAUCUGAAGAAGUACAGAAUGCUAUCAUGCAGAUGUAUGGUGAAUCGAAUGAAAUAACACAACAAACAAUAACAAGCUUUUCAGCAAACAUGACAGAGCUACUCAAGCGUCCCACUGUACAAGAAUAUCUUCAUCAGAGACUGGAGCAACAGAACAUGGCUGCUGAAGGUUCCUGGGAGCCUGGCCGAGAGGGCAUCAUCAUAUACUACACCAGCAAUACAGGAUUGGAAGCACUGGAGGGUUUCUUGAAGUCUUCAGUUCAGGAAGGAACUGUAAAGCUUGACAGUGAGCAAACACCUCUUCUAAAAUCAUCAGAUUUUCUUGAAGAAAUUGAAAAACUAAAACGGGAUCGACACGACAGAUUAAUCAUCUCUCCCCUGGCUGACAGGAAACGUAUCAGCAUAACAUCUGUCAGUGAAGAUUACGACGACUGCCGUUCGGCAGUAACGGACUUCCUUCAAAGAAAUGCUAUAUAUGCAGAGAAAAUGAUGUACAGUCAACCUAUUCUGAAGUUUCUCGUCAUGCACUGUAGAACCAACUUGGACAGCGUCAGUCAGGACCUGAAACAAUUCAGUGUCAAAUUUGUGUGCACGAAAAAUCCGUUCACUGUAACACUUAAGUCAUCCCAGAAGGGUCUCAGUCAAGCUAAGAUGUUUGUCAAUUGCAUCACUAAAACGAUUUCUUUUCAAAAGCAAGUCCUAAAAAGACCAGGGAUAUAUGACUUCCUUAAAUCAGGAGAUGUCAUAGAACAGGUGGAGAAAAAUGCAAAAUGUGUCAUCUCAAGGAGCGGAGAUAAUUCUGAUGUGACGACAGAUACUCGUUCGGCAUCUGCUGACGACAGUGUGCUAAAAUACGAACGUGCUUUCCACUGUGCACCAGACACCACCAGGAAGAUCCAUGUUGUGGUCGGCAGUAUGGUUCCAUUGGUGUCAGAUGUUGAGGCAGUGGUGGUUGUCCUAAAGAAUGACCUAAGCCCAGAUUCAACACAAGCUGAGGCUGUCAUUGAUAAAGCUGGCGCAAGUGUAAUGGCAGAGGUCGGAGGUAGAUCCUACAUGGAAGGAGACGUUGUUAUAACAUCAGCUGGGGGACUUCAGUGUAAGAGGCUUGUCCAUGCUGUUGGUCCUGAUGCAAACAGUAUUUGCAGUAUAGAGGAGAUAAUCAAGGUAGUCAUCACAGCAGGUCUGGAGGAAGCUGAUAAAUACCGCUUGACCUCUGUGGCUCUCCCUGCUUUCAACACCGAAGUCAUACACCGGUCAAUGUCAUUCGAUGAAAGGAUAAAGUACAUCUUCGAAGGAAUCAAAGAUUACUUCAACAUCAGAAGCUUUGUCACAGAUGUUUAUGUGUGUUUGGAAAACUCGAAGGAUUGUCAGUCGGCAUGGAAACAGUCGGUUUCUACAUUUGGGGAGGAACAUGUUUUUGCAAAACAAAAGGAAGAAGAUCAGUCGGGAAUGUCCACACCUCAUAGGCAUAGACAACGAAGACAAGGUCUUAGUGCCAGUAGGUCCAGUCUGAAUCUGUCGUCAGUGGUUACAGCUGAAAACGAGGAGACACAAGCUGCUCCAGCUGCGGAAGCCUCUGUUGCCAGUGUGCCCAAACCACGAAUCCUAUUGGUGAAGGCAGAUAUGGGAGUCGAGGAGGCUGACGUAAUUGUUAGCUCAUCUAACACCAACCUAGAUCUUGACCGUGGCAUGGUGUCGAAGUCACUUGUGAAACAUGCAGGCCCAGCCAUUCAAGCUGAGUGCAAAGAGAAGUACCCAGAUGGAAUACAGUUGGGUGACAUAGCUGUUACAAAGGGUGGUGACAUGCAAUGUGUGGAACAGAUCUAUCACUGCGUUUUGCCUAACUGGAGUGAGGACACGGGGAAACAAACGCUGAUUGACACAUUGAACGCCCUGCUGCUGAAGGCCCACAACGGAGGCUGGGGGUCGGUGGCUAUACCUGCUCUUGGCACAGGGCAUCUUGGCUAUGCCAGGACUCUGGUUGCCAAGGUGAUGUACGAAACUGUGAUCCAGUUUGGGAAGGACAAUACCGAUACCCCCCUGAGAGAUGUACUCUUCAUUGUGUACCCUGGAGAUCAAGAGAGUUGCCAGGUUUUCGAGGCAGAGAACAAAAAGUAUGUGGAAUCUAUCGGUGGCAAAGUUGCUGGCUCACAGAAUGAAAUCGAUGCCGAGAGGGAGCUUGAGUUGGAACGGUACAGAGAGGGACUGAAGGCUGGCAAGGAAAGACGGGAUAAUCCAACCGAAGCACCUGCACCUGGCCAUAAGUCAUCAGGAUUCUUUGGCGGAAUAAGAGAUUGGUUGGUUGGCAAGAAAACAGAUGUUCCACCACACGGCGAACGACAUGAACCGGAUUUCAGCACACAGACGAUCUCCAAACCAUCAGAGGUGUCCCUCUGGUUCUAUACAGAUGAACCAGCAAACGUUUCAAGAGCUGUUGACUUGAUACACAGCGAGUUGGUUAGAAAGGCACAGUCUACAACUAUCAAAGAUGAUUCUCUGAAGAAAUGGAAUCCUGAGCAGAUCGAGAGAGUUAACAAACUCCAAAAUCAACAUGGAGUCCAAGUGAAUGUGAAUAAGCGUGUGGGUCGCAUCGUUGUAACCGGCCUUUUAAACAACGUUUCCGAUGCAUGUAACUUCAUCCACAAGAUGAUCAGAGACGUUGAAAGGGAAAUCCAGGAAAAAGAGUAUGCUGAGGCGCUUGAGAAGGUGGUCCAGUGGUAUUUUAUGGACAAAGAUGAAGAGACAGCAAAUGAAGUCAUGACGAAAUAUGACACUUUGAUGAACGCAAUGUUGGAGAAAGCCUUCAAAAAAGGGGAGACGACGAGACUUGUACAUGAUGAUUUUGUGUUCGAUUUCAAUGACUGGGUUGAAUAUCCUGUUGACAAUGACGACGACAAAGUUAAGAUUAUUCGGAGAGACCUUGUGGAAGUUUCCUCUUCCAAAGUCCCUGACACGUGGGAACAACUAGGUGAAGAGCUUGCCGUCAAGCAGGUGACAGCAGGGACGACCGAGCACCAGGGCGUCUUGAAGACCAUCACAGACUCGUUUGCAGGGGCAACACUGGAGGUCAUCAGAAUUGACCGAGUCCAGAAUAACUUCCUGUACCAGCAGUUCCAGGCUAAGAAGAACCAGCUUGAGAAUCAGAGCCCUACUGUUGUUGUAGAGAGGGCCCUGUGGCAUGGAACCAAGCAAGAAUAUACAAUGAAUAUCUGCAACUAUGGAUUCAACAGAAGUUAUACCGACAAAAGCCAGAGCGAGUAUGGGGAGGGGGUCUAUUUCACCACUGCGGCCCCAGCUGCUGCCCAGGACAGGUACGCCCCUGUAGAUAGAAGCGGGAAACGUUACCUAUUCCAGAGCAGGGUCCUGACAGGGACCUUCACAACGGGCCAGGCAUCAUUCAGAGUCCCACCCGCUCGUGAUCCCACCACGUCAACUACGCUCUUGUAUGACAGUGUUGUCAACGAUCUAGCGGACCCCAAGACCUUUGUUAUCUUCAGUGAUACACAAGCGUAUCCUGAAUACCUUAUCACUGUCAAGUGUUGAAUGUGAUUCAGUGAUUCUGUCUGGCCUUCUACAGAUAAUAUUGGACCAUGCAAAUAUAUAUUUGUGCUUUUAGAUAUAUAAUUUGAAUUUGUACGCUGGUUUCAUGUUGAUUUACAUGAUAAUGAACCUGUCAGUAAAGUAUGGAAUUGAAAAAGGAUAUCUGUCGAGGAUGAUCAAGACUCUUGUAUUGACGUUUCUUAUUGUGAAAACAGUGUUAGCCUUCAGCCUCUGUUUACAAGUUGAUUGUUAUGACAUUUCUUCAAGCAUAUUUCUGUCAGCUCGUUACGUUCACAUUCCGGGUUUAUUCCCUAAAUAAUACCCUUUUCUUAGGGUUUUUUUCUUCUUGUGGGUGUAAGAAAUAACAUAUUUUUUGUUUUCCAAAUGUGUGACAUUGUAUUUUAUCUUCAACUGUACAAUUCAACAGCUUUGCUUUGAUCAAGGGAACCUUGUAUAUUGUAUGUUUAAUUGUACACGAUAACGGAAAUUCAACUUAUAACCUCUAUAAGUAAAUUACCGAUUCCAUAUGGCCUCGAUAGCACCUAUGUUUGGAACCAAUUGUUGAGAAUGGACCAGUAUUAAGUCAUAUCAGAUUAUGGACACGUCCAAGCAUGCUGCUGGACGAGCUUUAUUGAUCGCGUUUGCCUUACCGCUUGUAUUAGAAAAUAUUUUCAUCAUUUGCGUUUAUAGCUUCCAAGUCAACGAGCAUACUGGUAGAGGUCAAACUAAAAUGAAUGCAUAUCUGGGCAUUCUUUCAUAUGUCGUUGAACUAUACGUUGUUUCGUAAGCAGUAAGCUUGGUAGUGUUGAGACAUUUGCUGCUUAUCUUAGGGAAUGUGUUGGCUUGUUAUAGUUUCAAACUUUGAAACAAAUACAACGUUGUUAACAGCAGAAAAUAACACUUCGGAUCAUUUAGUAUCCUAAACCGUUCAAGACAAAAACACUGGUAUUCCUGUAUGACAUUUAUAGUAUGGUAUUUUACAGAAACAAACCGCUGAUCACAUCAUUUACGAUAUCUACGAUAUGAAUAGAAGACACUACCAUUGAUUCAGUCAUCAGAUAUGAAAAUAUUCAAACUGUUUAAAUCAUUUCGAAUGUUGAAGAGGUUUGUUUAUGCAGAGGAAUGACACAAUAGACACAAUAUAUUUUGUGAAGUACAGGUACAUCACGAACCGGAGGAAAAUUAUUUUCAUUUACAUGCAUUUUUGUAUGUAUGGUUUUUUUUAGAAAUACAUACAUAUGCUCAAUGGUCCAUUGCCACACCCUUAGCUGCUGAAACAAGAACAAAGGUUCAUUUUCUGGUGCCCUUUAGCACUGUAGGUGUCGAUGCUGCAGGUGUCUUGUGUGAAUGUUGGAAACUGUUUCACAUGAAAUGACAGUUGUGAUGUGUCAAGAGUAAUCGUCACAAUAACAUUUGCAAACGAGUGUUUUUGUAUUAUUAUAUUUAAACUUGUUUAGUGAGUGGGUUAAAAUUUAACGGUGCAUCGGCAUUAUUUCAGCCAUAUAGCGACGAAAAACUUGUUUAGUCUGUCUACUGGCCCGAGUCCGUAUUUUAUCUUUAUCCUUUUCUCUUUUUGCCGCAUUACUUUCGAUAAUCGAGACUGAUGAUGAUCUGACAUUGACGUAAUUUAUUUAUUUUUAAAUUUUGUCAGUAAGGGUAAUUUUACAUCGUUACUCAUAAUGGUAUGCAGUUUGAAACACUGAAUAUCACGGAAUAUAAGACAUUAUUUAUAUUAUUAUUACCACUAUAAUUACAAAUCCAACAACAUAACAGAAAUGAUGUAAUAAACACGACCCUUGAUGAAAGUCAGAACAUAUACCAUAGUAGAUCUAACAACCAGUAAAUAAGUAUAUUGGCCCACAAAUUAUGAAGUCCGAAACAGUUGAUGUGUCUGACAGUCCGAAAGAAAACUGUUGAACUCUAUCUGUUCAAAUUUUCUUUCAAGUUUAAUUGAUUAAAUUAUUUGCAAGGAUAAUCAUUGUUUUAUCUAAAAUCAAUGCGUCAUUGGUUCUCUUAUGGUGUAGUCUCUCUAUCUAUCUUGAAGGAUGAGUGUGUGCAUUCAACACUAGGCACAUCACAUGUAAAGCACAAGGUGUGAGAAGGAACAAGUUUGGCUUACAAGAAAUGCCCCUAAAAUAAUUGAAAAGAUACGGAAAGUUUUCAAAUAUGUUUUUUUUUAUGACAGACAGCAAGCCUUUACUUUCUAUCGUUUGCGAGUUUUAGGUUUUAAUUCAAAUCUUUAUUCAUUUAAUAUAUUUUAACCUCGAAUUUUGGUUUUGUAAUAUAUCAUAGACGUAGGAAUGUUGUAAUUUCCAUUCAUAUGAAUACAUCUGCUGACUUCAAUAAUGGUUUAUCAAUAUUUAGCUCAUUUCAUAAAUUAUGUAGAUCUAGUAAACCAGGAAGUAUCCUGAUCCUUAAGACUAUAGUCCUGAAGAAAGUGUAUUUUCCCCGACAUGUUGCAGAGUCGAUUACAAUAAAUGUAAUCAGACUCGUAUGAGUUAUAGUAUUCCUACAUUGACAGAUUAAGUGUGUAUAGUGUUUAUGUGGUGCGCAGUUAAUUGAUGAUAUAUUGGUACUGAUAUAUUUACUGAAUGUCCCUACACCUUUAAUAAUAAGCAGAGAAUAGUGAUUUCAUCACCCAAUACGAAACUGCGUUUCAAAUGAUAUUAUAUCAACCGUUUGUAUUUGUAAACAAACGCUCAGCAAAAGAAUAGCUUCAUCCAUCUCUUGGUCUUUGUUCCUGGAACCAUGUAUUGUAGACAAUGUGUGAGCUAAGUAUGGUGUUAAUUUAAGGGAAGAUUCCUUGCAUAUGUUCGUUUGCCAGACUUAAAAAAAAUACUUAUUCGACCAUUCCCUAGAUAUGUACAUGAGAUAGCUUUGUAAUUACAGCCAUGAUAGUAACUGUUUUCAAAAGAUCCAGUUGAUACUUUAAGUUUUAAACUUUAUUGGUUUGAAAAACAUGUUCAGGCGAAUGAUUCUAUCUGUGUGUGCUUUGAAUAAAACAUAAAGCAAAAUAUGUGUUGACAUGU